UUGCACAGAUUGAUCUUGUUGUCAAAGUUGUUGCUGCGCAGCUCUGUGUGGUUUCGUCUCCCACUGCGUAUUGUGUCCAGAUGGCCGACAGUGAGGUUGUGAUCGGCUCUGCUGAAAACCAGGAGGUGGCGCCAUCGGAUAAGAAAUCUGGACGUGCCUCGCUGCUGGAUAGCGGGGAAGACUUCACAAUGCUGGAUGAUGUGGAAGACGACGUGGAUGACGACCUCCCUCCUUUAGAAGAUGCAGGUGGAGGAAAGAAGAAAGACAGUCCCGCUAAAGACGCUACAAAAGCAGAUCAAACUCCUUCAAUAGAACAGGAAGAGUGGCUGGAUGUUUUAGGAAAUGGGCAGCUUAGAAAGAAAGUUGUGGAAGCCGGAGCUGGUCCAGACAGCAGACCCCAGAGAGGCCAAAAUGUCACAAUUCAUCUUAAAACCAGUCUUACUAAUGGAACUGUGGUAGAAGAGCUGCCAAACCUAUCUUUUACACUUGGUGAUGGGGACGUUCUCCAGGCGCUGGAUCUUACUGUACAGCUGAUGGAAAUGGGCGAAAAGGCAUUGAUUGAAGCAGGCGCUAAAUACGCAUACGGUGCCCUUGGCAGCUCUACUCCUGCUGCGCCUCCUGAUUCUGAUCUCAUCCUGGAGGUGCAGCUGUUGUCGGCAGAUGACGCCCCAGACCUGGAGCUCAUGCCGCCCUCUGAGCGAAUCAGUUUGGCCAACAGAAAGCGAGAGCGAGGAAAUGUCCUCUUCCAGCGCGCCGACUACGCGUUUGCCGUCAACUCGUACGGAAUCGCGCUACAGAUAACCGAAGCAACUUCCAGAGUGGACAUCAGUCAACAAGAAGAGGAAGAACUUUUGGACAUGGAGGUGAAAUGUCUCAACAACAUGGCCGCUGCUCAACUCAAGCUAGACCACUAUGAAGCCGCGCUGCGCUCCUGCAUCUCCGUCCUAGUGCACCAGCCGGACAAUGUCAAAGCCCUGUUCCGCAAAGGCAAGGUACUGGCUCUGCAGGGCGAGUAUGCUGAAGCCAUUAAAACACUGAAAAGGGCCUUGAAGUUGGAGCCAAGUAAUAAGACCAUCCAUGCUGAGCUGUCGAAGCUUGUGAAGAAACACUCAGAGCAGAAAGGAGCCGAACAGGCCAUGUAUAAAAAGAUGCUGGGUAACCCGACGAACGCCAGUGUGCAGAAACACCGUGCCAAGUCCUCAUGGAGUCUCAGCUGGAAGUGGCUUUUUGGGGCUACAGCCGUUGCGAUUGGUGGUGUAGCUUUAUCAGUCGUCAUCGCAGCUAGAAAUUAAUCCCAAAUUCACUGUGACGAGAUGAAUGAUGUGAUGCUGAAGACCUUGAGUACGCCAGGCCCCCAAACACCUUACUGACCUUCUUAAAAAAAAAAAUUGUAAUUGAAAGUAGAAUGGUUGUAGUUCUGUUGCCGUCCAUCGCACAGUAGAGGUUUUAAAUGGCGUUCACUUUUUACUUUCAAUGCAUGAAAGAUGAGCUGGGGAGAAAUAGAUGUGAGAAAUAUUAUAUAAUUCCUAUUUAUGUACAGAAAAGUUCCUAGUUAUAAUUAAGAAAUGUAUCGAUGUACAGAAUGAUGCUCUUCAGGUUGCUGGACACAGUCGUGCUGCAGAACUCUUCAAUUACGUGUGUGAAGUUCCAUGAUCUUCUUUUGGUGAACUGAAACUUGCUUGUGAACAGUCUUGAACAUUCAAGAAUAUGAUUGUAUGCUUUUUCUUUUGCAGUAUCUACAGGCAUCUGAUGCUAAAGAAAGACAACACUAUUUCAAAAGUCCUUACACUGAUGUGGUACAUUACUGGUUUUCGUGCUGUCUUCUCCUUUAUAGGCUCCAAAAUAUCACUGGAAUCGGCUGCUGUCCCUCAAUGAUGUUCCCAGAGUUUCUCAUUUUCAUGGCCAAACACUGCAAGGAAGGUCAUACAGACCUUUUCAGUUUAUUUUUCAGCUCCUACAAGAAUGAUUUUCAUUUAUUUAGUAUUAUUUAUUUAGGAUGAACAGACAUGAGUUUUUUUUUUAAUCCUUAAGUUGAUUGUCUCAGUUCCCCAUUCCGAUUUUUUUUGUAGUAUUGGUAACAUCCGACAUUCCUUUUAAAGUUAUUUUGUAUAUCCUAUAAUAAACUUUUGCACUUUCUGUUCAUAUGGUUGAAAAUAAAGUGAUUUCUUGAAAAUG